AACGACGAUUAUUAUGGUUCGCAAUUAUUGUUGUUGAACAGCCUCAAAAGCUCAUAGCUGCCACUCUCCUUAUCCUCGCCGGACUCGGCCCCGGAAUCUCGAAACGGAGGAUGUACCCAAUGCUUGUAUUAACGGGUCGUUCUAAGGAUUGAGAUCUGAGCUGCUGUAGUUCGUUUUUCUGAGGAAAGUGCUUAUAAAAUGCCAGUAUCCUCUCACUACGAUGAGUGCUAAAAAAAUAUAGAUUCUUUUCGAAUUUCUGGGGCUGCAGACUCCGUCAAGGUUUUUGGUUGUCUAUUGAAAGGUUAAGCCAUUUUGAUAGUUAUUGUUAAAUGCAAGAGUACUGAGUAUUCUAGUGAUUCACUCGACGGAGAUGAGCAGAUUUAGGCCAGAAUUUCAUGUAGCGCAGCAAAGUCGGCGUGAUAAGUUGAGAGUCCCGCAAGGUUCAAACGCACUCCACCAUUUAGAAGAUUUCCCUGACAAUUUGGAACAAUUACCCGACAACUUAAGGCUAAACCCAGAUCUUGUUAACGUUCGGAAUGUUAAUAAUGCCAGUUUGCUUUAUGACCCAGCUGUAUAUUCCCAGGAAAUGAGCAAUUUUUCAAUGAAGUCAAAUGUUUUAUUAGAGCAACGAGAUGCCAUGGUGCAUCAAGGAAUAGAUGCAACCCAAAUUGGAAGGCCUAUUAAUGUAGCCGAAGAUCAUGUUCCAUUUGCAAAUUCAUCCCACACAAUUUCAUUCAAUCCUUUACCUAAAGCCGGUACCCUUGAGCCGCAAAAUUGUGGUUAUUGGAAGAGCCUUGGUUCACAGCAAAGCUCAUGUACUGACUGGAUGAUGAAUACUUAUGCAAGUGAUUCGGUAGGUAGUGAAAGCAAUACUCCAAGCCCUAUGUUUUACGGGGAAGUAAGUAACAUUUCUGCAUAUCCACAAUAUAUGAAACAUAGUUAUAAUGCGUUCCAAAACUUCUCUUCUUCGAAGAAUCCAUGCAGUAAAAUUUCUAGUCAAGAUAGACAUAAGCAUUCAACAUCUGCAGCACUUAAUCAAAGUAGUCUCCUGGAUACUUUUACAUCUUCUAUCAGAACUCAGGAAAUGGCUUCAAGUGUUCAGCAGAACAUCAGAGGAACUGCCCGUGGUGCAUGGGCAGAGGGUGGGAAUGAACUUGCUCUACUUCCAGCCUAUGGAAAUCAAUCAGAUGUGAUAUGUUUCGAUAAUUCUGGUGCUUGGACAAAUAGAUCAGUCGAGAAUUGCCAUCACUGGAGUGGUCAGUUGGGUCUAAACGUGGAAACAAGUGAUGGAGAAUUGAGGAAUGUUGUGAGUACUGAUUCCAACCCUCAGGGUCUAUCUCUAUCACUUUCAUCAAAUCCAUCUUCAAAAAUACCCGUGGCUCGGUUUGGAGAGGGAUGUGUGCCAGAAGACUUAGACUCGAGGACUACAGUUUUAGAGGAUCCUCGAGAUUCAAAAACUGUGAAGUCUGGUUAUUUAUGUUCGGUAUCGAAGCCAUCUAUGAGUAGUACAGGUUGUGGAAGAUCUCUUCAAGAUAUGGUGGGGGGGAUUUCUACUAACACUUAUCAAAACACAGGUCCUCUUGGCCCAUUCACUGGAUAUGCGACUAUUUUAAAGAGUUCAAAGUUCUUGGAGCCUGCACAGCAGCUGCUAGAUGAACUCUGUGGCAUAACUGGUUCAAAACACGGCAAAACAUUUGAGCUGUCUGGGAGGACUUCUGGAGAAGUUAGCCCUUCUGGUGAUGCUUUGAAUGCAACUGAAACUGAGGUUGGUGCGAGGGCUAAUAAUUCAGGUGGCUCGUCCUCAACAUUUUAUGCUUCAAAUGAUAUAAGUGGUGAUGGCCGUGGAGUUGGGACUAGCACUUGUGAAUCUUUUCGGCCGGAGUACCGGCAAAGGAAGGCAAAGCUCGUAUAUAUGCAGGAGGAGAUUUGCAGAAGGUUCAAACAAUAUCAUCAGCAAAUGCAGAUGGUGGUUUCGUCCUUUGAAUCAGUAGCAGGUCUCGGUUCUGCCACUCCUUACAUCUCGUUUGCUCUCAAGUCGAUUUUGAGGCACUUCCGGUGCAUAAAGAAUGCCAUCACAGACCAGCUCAAGCAUAUAAGAAAAGGAAUGGGGGAGAAUUUGUCAUCACCUUCCACUGGCACAAGCAAUAGCAAGGGUGAUGCAAGUACACUAAAGCUAAAGUAUUUGAACCCAAGCUUGCAAAUGCACAAAUAUGGUGGUGGCAAUUUGGGCUUCCUCGAAACCCAACACCACGUCUGGAGGCCCCAGAGAGGCCUACCAGAACGCUCGGUGGCGAUUCUCAGAGCUUGGCUUUUUGAGCAUUUUCUUCACCCGUAUCCCACGGACACAGACAAGCACAUGUUAGCCACUCAAACAGGUCUAUCUCGAAACCAGGUGUCAAACUGGUUCAUAAAUGCCCGAGUGCGUGUCUGGAAGCCAAUGGUAGAAGAAAUACACAUGCUUGAAACCAAAGGCAUGGCAGAAUCCAACCAAAUUCCGAGCAAGAAUGAUGAAAGCUCUGCUGCUGCUGCUGCUGAAGGUAGCCGCCAUCCUGAUCGUGAUAUUCAUAAACUCUUCAACAAUCCAAACUUAAAUACGACUCCCAAUACGCAAUUCGAAUGCUUAGGGACAGGCUCCUUUCUGAGGGCUGGACAUGGACUUAGUGCAGAACAGUGGAACCAAGAGAAGCGGUCGAAAAUGGAAUGUCCGAUUCCGACCACCAUGGACGGGACAUUAAUGGGUUUUGUGCCGUACCAGCAGAAUGGGGUCGAGAUUGGUGGAGUCGGAGCUGUGUCUCUUACCUUGGGACUCAGGCAUGAUGCAGAGAAUGCACAGCAUCGGCAACAGCAACAGCAGCAGGAAGAUCAGCAGCAGCUGCUGAGGAGGGAAUUUGGAGGAGGCAUGAUUCAUGAUUUUGUUGGAUAAUCUAAUGUUAACUUAAGCUUUAUAUGCGACGGAAGCGAACAACGGAAGAGAAGUCUACGUAGCUCCGUUCAUCUAUCAUGUAUGUAUUCUAUCAUGUAUGUUUGUAUGUAUGUAUUGAACAUUGGCCAAUUAGGCAAUUUGUUUCGCAAAUAGGUUGGUAUCUUAAAGGUGGGAUC